UGCUCCCGCUUUUACUUGCUUUGUCGACAGGUAGAAAUAAAGAACAUGAAUUCGUUUUCUGCAAUGAAUAGAGCCAUUGAUUAUGAGAUCUCGAGACAGGUUCUUCUACAUAGUCAAGGUCAAAGUGAUCAGAUUUUCCAAGAAACUCGUCUAUGGGAAGAAGGUGCUCAGAAAACUUUUACAAUGAGGAAAAAGGAAGGGCUAGCAGAUUAUAGAUAUUUUCCAGAGCCUGACUUACCAGAAGUUGUUCUCACAAAGGAAUUUGUCGACAAACUUUGUCAAGGGUUGCCUGAGCUUCCCGAAGCAAAGCGCAGACGAUAUGAGAAAAUGGGUCUCGCAAUGCAAGAUGUUCUCUUUCUAGCUAAUGACAAUCAUGUUGCUGAAUUUUUUGAUGCAUCUCUUGAGAACGGCGCUGAUCCAAAAUUAGCCGCCAACUGGAUUAUGGGAGAUAUUUCAGCUUUUCUGAAAAAUGAGCGACUUUCAAUAACUGAAAUAAAACUAACACCGUUUGAGCUUUCUGAAUUAAUAGCUUCAAUAAAAAAUGGAACCAUCAGUGGGAAGAUCGGGAAGGAGAUACUUUUUGAGCUUCUGGCCAAAGGUGGAACUGUCCAGUCACUGAUAGAGGAAAAGGAUCUAGUUCAGAUUGUAGAUCCAGCAGCCAUAGAAGCACUAGUUGAUAAAGUCCUUGCUGCGAAUCCGAAGCAGCUCGAACAGUACCGUGCAGGAAAAACCAGGUUGCAGGGGUUUUUCGCCGGCCAGGUGAUGAAGGAAUCCAAGGGCAAGGCAAAUCCAUUGGUUUUGAACAAGAUUCUUGGCGUCAAAUUGAAAGGAGAGAGUUGACUUUGUUAAGACCCAAAGUCAUGAGAUCUACCUCAUAGAUUUUCUUGCAAAGGAAG